AGCGUUCGUCGAGCUCCGUUGAGUGAGAUCUAUUUGAUAUUGCACCGAUCAGUAGGUUAUAAUUGAAGCGUUCGAAUGCUAACGAAGUGCGUGAAGAAUCCGUUAAUAAAAGAUAAUACAGUUGUUUUGGAAAUAAUGCCGAAACUCCGAGUAUUCGACAGCGCAACAGAACUUCUAUACAUAUUAGAUGUGUCUGAAGAGGACUCGCAAAAAGCAAGUCAAGCCGUUAAUAAACCAAACUAGAAUAAGAGACUUCUUGACACUUGAAUUUGAUUUGUUCAAAUAGAUGCCACCUAUGCGAUGCAACUUUUGAAUAAUUACAAAGCAAAUGACGAUUCUCAGGUAGAAGCAUCAGCAGAUAAUGCAGAAGAAAUAGUGCCAGAACUUUCUGAUCCUCUUUCUGGUCAAGAAAAAGAGGGCUUUGCAGAUGGUUUUCGUUGGCCACAUGAGGCUAUACUUUUACUUCUCAAAUAUUAUAAAGAGCAGAAGCAUCACAUGGCAACUGGAAAAAUGACACAAAAGAAAUUCUGNUCGAUGGUUGCUUCAGAAUUGAGUAAGAAAGGUUACGUAGUUACAGGUUCUCAAUGUAAGAGUAAAAUAUCAGGGUUAAGAAAUACAUAUAAAAAUAUAAAGGCUCACAGAAAUGAGAGAUACAGACGCACAUGGCACUAUUAUGAGAUCUUAGAUAAAUUAUAUCAAAAUAAGGAAACAUCUUGGGCAGAUUUGGAGACAGCGGAUGAUGAUCAAUCUUUAUUAUUUUCUGAAACCGAGGAGACUAAAAAGAAAAUUAACAAACGAGAUAGUUCUUUAUUAGAAGGUGAAUCGGCUUCUAAACGUCUAAGAACUUCGGAAGAUAUAAUUGGUAUUAUGGAGGGACGUGCUAACGAGAGAAGGAAGAUGCACGAAGAAGCAAUGGCUCGUCAGGACUCAUUACUUGAUAUAUUGAAGAAGACGAUUUGUGUUACAGAAAAAAGUCUUCUUCAGCGCAGAUUGAUGCACGAAGAGGCGAUGGCUCGUCAGGAUAAAUUGUUAAAUAUGUUCGAGAAGUUUCUUCAUAAGAACAGCUAAAUAUGUAUAGACAAAAAGUAAAUUUAUUAAUUUUUGA